CUGGAGUCUCACACAAGAGUGAUUUACAGAGCAGAAGAUAAACAUGGAAAGUAACUACCCUCGUCAGAUGAAUGCCCCAGUAUCUGGGACAGGGGCCCCCCCUCAGUAUAACGAGUCCUAUCAGCCGCUUAACGAGGAGCUAAAGAGCAUGUCAAGGAACCAGGUCCCUGCUACUGUGGUGACCAUUUCUGCCAAUGAGAUACCUGUGAGAGACCAUCUGGUAUGGUCGAUCUUCAAUAUGUUCUACAUGAAUUUCUGCUGCCUGGGAUUAAUCGCUCUGGUAUUCUCAGUCAAGUCUCGUGACCGGAAGUUAUUUGGUGAUAGAAACGGAGCUGUAAGCUAUGGAUCCACAUCUCGCUCUCUCAACAUCGCUGCAACUGUAUUAUCUGUCCUGUUCUUCGUUAUCCUGUUUAUCUUAGUGGUUACUGGCGUGAUCGGUAUGGCCAAUCAAGUACACAAACAAUACAACACCAAUUUUGAAAAUUUUGGGAAAUGAGGAAAUCUCCUAAUAUCUUCCUGCGUGUGGAUCGUGGCGUGGGGUGUCUAUCAGUCAAUCUGCAUAGGAAGUGGUUUAUACUUUACCCAAUGUAGUAAUGUUGUGUUUAUUGUAUAAAAUGUUCAGUUUGCAAUGUUACAACUAGUAGCUUACGCAGGGGCUCACUAGUGUUCAUAGGAAUGUUUUACACGUUUUUACUAUAACUCAUAUAUUGAGUUCUAUAUAAUAGACUAUUAGACAUUUUAGAGUAGGUGAUAUUGAAGCUAUAUUGCAUUUAUCUAGGGAAUGCGUGUCUUAAAGGGACAGUACACUGUAAAAUUGUUUUUCCAUAAAUGUAUUUUAAAUGACUUGUUAUACCAACUGCAGAGUAUAAAAUAUUUGAGAAAUUGUAUUUUCGGGUUUAUUUGUGUAUCUGAAGUAGCUGGUUUUGUGCUUUGAAACCACAGCCUAUUACAAUGGGUUGAGCGUCAGGUAAUAUCAGAUCUCAUUAUGUUAUCACUUUUAUGUACACAGACUUGCUUCCUUAUCUUAUAUUUGUCUGGAACACCAAAGCUCAAUACAUAGAGAGAACAAUGGAAAAUUAUUAUUUUAUUACUUAACUAUCAUGCCCCCACUAAGGGUGUAAUCUCUUCUGCUGGCUGUGUUUACUUAGGCUUGUCAAUAGCGUAUAUGCCAGUAUCAAAACUUUCAGUAUAGGUUGGGAAACCACAAGCUAAAUCAGCUAUUUCAAAUGCUGAAAUAUGAGUAAAGGAGCUACUUGCAACCAAUUUAAUACACUCUAGCAGGUAAAAAGGAUCAUUGGGAAUAAUUUAAAGGGGAGAAAGUUUUUGGGUGAACUGUCCCUUUUAAGGUAAUAAAUGUAGAAGAAAAAGCCAGUAGGUUCUCAGACACUAAGUAUCUCUGCGAUAGCUGCUUCACCUGUUAAGCUGUAACUUCCAGAUGUCCCGUUAUACAAGACUUCAAUAAAUUCCCCUAUCAGCUGCAUGUGUUGUAUUUCAGUGGCCAAACCCCCCCCCCCCCCCUACACACACCUGUUGCCUUAUUUGGAAGGACCAGUAUCGACUUUGCUACAGGGGUGAACAGAUAGAGCAAAUAUUUGCAAACAAAAAUGAACAUGGCUAUCUUCUCACCUUUUUUUUUUUUUUUUUUUUUUUUUUUUUUUUUCUGAGGACAAUCGGGACUGAUAUUCACAGAAUUAGGUUUGUGAUAUCUGCACUUCCAGUUCACAGAACGGGGAAAUAUACAAUUUCCAUGAAAAGUGUGGGGGGGGUAAAAUUGCAAGUGUGUGACUACAUAUAUUUUUUUGUAUAUUAACUGCACAUUAUUAAAAACAAAAAUUGAGAUUAUAA